GGACUGAAGUUGAAGAUGGAAGCCGCCGUGUUUAUUCUGUCUCUUGUCGACUGCUGCUCUUUGAUUUUCCUGUCGGUAUAUUUUAUUAUUACUUUGUCUGAUCUUGAAUGUGAUUACAUUAACGCUCGGGCUUGCUGUUCAAAGUUAAACAAAUGGGUCAUACCUGAACUCAUUGGUCAGGCUCUGGCCACGGUGCUGAUGCUAGUCUCCAUGCACUGGUUCAUUUUUCUGCUCAAUGUACCUGUUGCAUCGUGGAAUGUUUACAGAUAUCUGAAGGUUCCUAUGGGGAACAUGGGAGUGUUUGACCCGACGGAAAUUCACAAUAGAGGCCAGUUAAAGUCCCACAUGAAAGAGGCCAUGAUUAAAUUAGGUUUCCACCUGCUCUGCUUUUUCAUCUACCUGUACAGCAUGAUCCUGGCACUGAUCAACGACUGAUGUUCUACAGAAGUAAGAAUCCAACUGCCAAAUCAUAAACUGUCUCUUCUGUGCUGUGAAUACAGACAUCACCUACAGCCAGAGACACAUCACACACACAUACACUCCUUUAGAUACCAGAUACAUCAUCCCCAGCAGAACCUUUCCCAUCACUAAAGAAUCACUUGAAAGACCAGUGUUUCUUUCUGUUUGCUUAUUUGCAUUACAUCACAGAUCUGUGUAGUUUCUUUAUUUAGCUUUUUGUGUAAGAGACUCUCAGCACUACUCUCAGCACUGCUCCCAUCAUGCACUGCUUCUCAGGGCUGAAGCAACAUGACAAUCGCACUGACUCAGCGAAGCGACCUAUUGGCCCGGAGCACGUCAUCGCUCAACAAGCUUGUUUUGUAAAUCCUGUCACUGAACACAUGUCCAGCUGUCUCCAAGAUGUACUUUUUAUUGUCAGUUGCUAGAACACGUUUUGUACUAUGUUUUAUUGCUGUUCAUUAGUUAAAAAUAAAUCAAAUUAAAUUUUGUUCAAAAUAAUUCUAAAUGGUAGUAAGGAACAUAUGAUCUUUUAUGUGUAGGAUUUCUGCUAUGUCAGUGUCUACAUGUUGUGUUACAAUAGUAAUACAAUGCUACCAUGGUUACCUUUGUGCCUUCUGGCUUUCAUCUUAACAAUUAUAUCAGAUCAUCUAUCAGGCUUGUUGGCAAGGGAAUCGUUGUCACAUCUUGAUAUUGCUUAAAGAGGAUUAUAAGGGAGUCUAGUUAGAAUUAUAGCGUUUUGCUCAGGGGUAAUAAAUUGGGGAAUUG